UUCCUCAUUGCGGCCUGUGGUGGGGCUCGGUGAGUAUUUGUCCGCCACGGCCUCCCUUGCUUGGCUCUGGCCGGGAAGUAUAGCGGCGUGGAGGGAAGACUGUAGCGGACAAGUGAAACAAACCACCCCGAGGGAAUGUAAAACUUUAGGACUGAAAUCACCCACAAGACGCCGUUCCUGCGUGCCUAAAGACUUAACACAUUACCUGGUUUCUCAUGGAAGCAGAUGGAUUUGUGAGGAGGCGUCGGAUGACAGCGGAGACUACAGGCAAUGAUCCCGGGGUUGCUGGUGCUUCUGCCGGGGCAGAAGUUCGAUGGCUGGGGGGCAGAUUCUGGGGAAUUUCGGAAAGUAUCGUAGGGAGCCUGACACCCCGGAUCGGAGGGGAAACAGAGCUACAGACUGUUGAUUGCAUCCGCAGUGCACAAGAUGCACAAACAGAGGACUCUGAACCAGACUAUGAGGGUUUGCCACAGGGAGCCUCCACUAGCACCCACAUGUUGGCUGGAGCCGUGGCCGGGAUCAUGGAGCACUGUCUCAUGUUCCCCAUCGACUGUGUCAAGACACGAAUGCAGAGCCUCCAGCCCGACCCCGCAGCCCGCUACAGGAACGUGAUGGAUGCUCUUCGCCGAAUUGUAUCCACAGAGGGAGUGUGGCGGCCAAUGAGAGGGCUGAAUGCAACAGCAGUUGGGGCGGGACCUGCCCAUGCCCUCUAUUUUGCCUGCUAUGAGAAACUCAAAAAGACUCUAAGUGAUGUCAUUCACCCAGGGGCUAACAGUCAUUUGGCUAAUGCAACAGCUGGGUGUGUGGCCACACUGCUUCAUGAUGCAGCCAUGAACCCAGCUGAAGUUGUGAAGCAGCGCAUGCAGAUGUAUAAUUCGCCCUACCGUGGCGUGUUGGACUGUGUACGUGCCGUGUGGCAGAAAGAGGGCCCUGCUGCGUUCUACCGCAGCUACACCACCCAGCUCACCAUGAAUGUGCCCUUCCAGGCGCUCCACUUCAUGACCUACGAGUACCUUCAGGAGCUGCUCAACCCCCACAGACAGUACAAUCCCUCAUCCCACAUGUUGUCUGGAGCUUUGGCUGGAGCCAUCGCAGCUGCAGCCACCACACCUCUGGACGUCUGCAAGACCCUGCUCAACACCCAGGAGUCUCUAACCCUCGGCUCCCUGUCCUCCAGCCAAGGCCCCAGCAAGGGCCAAGGCCAAGGAGCCCACAGACACAUCUCAGGCCUGGCCCAUGCCUUCCGGACAGUUUACAGGCUGGGCGGCCUGCAGGGCUUCUUCAAGGGAGUCCAGGCGAGGGUCAUUUACCAGAUGCCCUCCACAGCAAUCAGCUGGUCGGUCUAUGAGUUCUUCAAGUAUGGACUCACCAAGCAUCAGCACAACAAGAGGAGAGCGCAGCACAUGGAGGCUUAGAUGUAGAUAUCUCCUUGGUUUAAUCUCAUCUAAUAUUGCUCUGCCCUCCCUAUGAGGAGAAGAUGAAGUCGAUACGCACAUAGAAUCUGACUAAAACCCACCUCAGUUGUCCCAUCCCUUUCAGACAUAGCAGACAAGAAAGACCUCUUCAAAGCCAGUUUGAUUAGUAUUUCUGCUACACUGUUUCAAGACUAGGUAUGGUUUGAGUUAUAUUGUUUCUGUCUUCUAGAAGAAAACGUUUACACAGUAUUAUAGAACUAGUUAAUCUGGAGAUUUUUUUCAGCCAUUCUAGUGACCACUACAUUUGUCCAAACUGAGGAUAAAUGUGAAGAACGCACAAGUUGAGUUGGAAAGGUAGUCAGCAGAGGGCAGUAGUGUUACUUUGUUAACUCUCUUCUAGUUUCAUAAAUGUUGCUGUCCUAGGACCAGAUUUUUAUUUUCAUCCAUCCAAACCUUGAGUUUGCCAUUCCAAAUUAUGACUGACUCCUGAUCCAGACUCCUUAUUGGAUUUAUGGAUGAACCUUUUUUAUCACAUAACAGACUAUUUUCACAGUAAUUCUAGACAUGACAAGUUCAUUUUGGUGUCUGGUUUGGGCUACACGCAGGCAUUCAGUCCUUAAUCAAAAUAUCUUAUUGAUUUGAUCCAAUUUAAAAGUGUUUCGGCCAUUUAGAAUCAAACGUACAUUGACCCUUGCGGAGAACAUUUUCUUGUUAAUCUAUCACAUUAAGUUCCUGGCUUGGAUCAGUACCCAGAUACCCUUUAUAGAAAUGCUAACAUGCUAACAUGGCAAUGCGCAAAAGUUAAGAUGAUCUUUUAUAUGUUGAUCAAUUGAACUGUAAUUUCAAAUGUUGUCCAACAGUAUUCGAUGAUUUCACACAUUAACAAAAGAGACCAUAGAUCAGAUUUGGGGUUCCCCUUUUUGUUUUGCUAUUGGCAGUUAAAGGAAUGAAAAUGAUAAAUCUAAUAUUUUUCCCCCUUUUUCAAAUGUUUAUGUAAUUGGACAGAAAAAUACAAAUUUAUAGUGGCUCUGAGGUAUCUGAAAUGUUUAUUUAAUUUAUUUUUAAUAAUUUUGAUUCCUUAAAUGGUAUUUCAUUUCCAGCAAAUAUAUUACUUUAAACUUUCCCUUUGUUUUUCCCCAUUUAUGUGUUUAGUCCACCCUUGGUUCAUCCAAAUACUCACCAUUAAUGCCUUCUGUACGUGUUUGGCGGAGCAGACCAGGGCAGAAUUAAGAUGGCCAUUUCUGUGCAUUAACUGUAGCUAUCAGCCUGUUUUCAGCUUGUGAACUACUGAGUUUCAUUAUCUGUGCUCAAAAGCAAAUGUUGUGUACAAUGUACUGUGCCCAAAAGAAGAAUUUAACUUUCAAGGAGUUCAGUAUCCCACAAGUUAUGUAUCCGUACCCCCACUGAGUACACAUACAUGGAAGCUGUCAUUCUUAUUGAUUGAUGUCUGAUUGUUUCCGACACUGAAUUGCACUCGUUGAAUAAAGACUGAGCAGCGGGGCUCUAGUCGCUGCUCUUAAAUGAUGGGAA